AUGUCAUCUGAAAGCCUACGAACUACUGAGGACGCUCCGUCACGCAUGGAUAUCAUGAUGACUACGAGGACUGGGAUCUUUCAGUCGUGGAUACAAAACAUCGAUGACUUCCAUGAAGUCAAUAAAAAUUACCUUCAGAUGCACAAAAGGCCGGGGUAUGAUCAUUCUGAAUUCCCAUCCGACCCCAAAAGGCAGCAAGAGCUCGUGAAGGUACUCUUUGAAGCAGCCCAAGAUUGUAGCAACAUAUUUGAGCCUGAGGGCUCGAAAAUUCUGAAGCGCAUUCAACAGAAGUACUAUGCAGAUUUUGAGUUUGAGUUGGUCCUUUGGCCUUUGCUAAUGUCAAUACGCGAUGCCCAGGCGGGAAAAUGCAAUAUCCCAAAUUAUAAUUGCUCUAGAGUAUCACAAUAUAACGUGUAUGGCUCGUUCACAGAAAGAUUCGAUGUGGUCUAUGAUGCCUUGAAGUCUUCGAAAGACACUGUCGCAUCUCUUUUCAAGGAUGACAACUUUAAACAUCGUCUUGCCUGGCGGCCUAAGUCAGAACUCAAGAAGAAAGCUGAAAACAGGAAAAUCCACAAUCAAUAUGUCCAUAUUCCUAUUGGUGCUCAUACUACUCUACAAAACGACAUCAAGGCUACGACGAAUGGAGAGCUAGUCGAUCGAAAAGGCCAGACCCACGGCAGUAUGAAGAAACGGACUGCGACUCUUGAAGGUAGAAUCGAAGAGACCAAAAAGCAAGCACGACUCUCAGACGACAUGUCCUCGCCAAACAGCGCAACCUUCGUUGAUACCGGCAAUAUAGAAAUUAUUGAGGAGACGCCUCAGCAGAAUCAUACCUUCGAAGCCGAGUCUGCAUCGCAAGAACCCUUCACCUCCUUGCCGAGCCUUUCUUCGACCAACAUGGAAGAGGAUGUUUUCGGCCAAACAGCCACCAGUAUGGAGGGUAUGUACAGCGAUCCAUUCAUGAGCUCCGAUGACUCCGAUAUCUGGUCUCCCUUCUUUGAAGACCGUGACUCGGUUUAUCCUCCACUAGAUGACUGA